AUGAACGAUCGCGUCAAAAAUAUAAAUCAGAAGCGCAUAACGUUGAAGGCGCAGUUAACCAAGAUCGAAAAAACUGCGGAAGAUGCGAAUUUAGAACCCGCCAAUGUGAAAAUGCGUCUGGAUGGCCUAAAAGAACAAUUUCGCUUGUAUGAAGAAUUUCACGACGAACUCGCGUUGUUGGUUGAACCCGAUAACGAGCAGCUAGGCGUAUUCGACGCAUUACAAGAUCGAUUCUACAAAAUUGUAACGAAGAUUGAAACAAUCUUUCCUCCAGUAACGCCUGGACCUGUCAGUGGAUUCAACACGACCUGUCCACUGAUUGGCGGCACGCGUAAUCUCAAAUCACCCGUCGUUGACCUCCCAAAAUUCGAUGGUGAUCUCGAGAAGCUGUCCUUUAAAACCACGUUUUUGACUAUGAUCGACUCUCGCGAAGACGUGACGAAUAUGCAGAAGUUUAUAUACUUGAAAAAUUGCCUUGGAGGCGAUGCAUUAAAUAAAACCUGUAUUUAUAACGUAAGUGAAGAGAAUUACGAGACGGCCUGGAAGUUACUCCUGGAAUCGUAUGAUGAGAUUCUUAUUUUGAUGGUUAAACAUCUUGACACGAUUCUUGAACCACCGGUUCAAACAAAGGUCACGCACUAG